CGCCUUCGGCUAGUGAAGUGACACUGAUGGUAGAUGGCCGCUCCACCCAGGACUAAAAACUGACACACACAAAAAAACUUUUUCCCCUUCAUCUCACACCGCCUCGCCGCAUCACUGCACAUCUCGGAACCGCUCAUGUGGGUGAGAGUCAGUUGUCACACACACUUUCACAACGUUUUACCCAGCUGACUUUUGAUAAACUCGAGCCAAAAGAGUUCUUACGGCAAGAGUUUAAAAACUCGACCAAGACCAUCUGAAAGAGAGCGUGGCGAGGAAACGCAGCAGGACAUGGAUAUGUGAGACUCGCCGGUCAGCAGGAACAGACCAAGGCAUCAUGAGGCGGUACUCGUUCAGGUGGACGGUCCACGGAGCUCUCCUGGGUCUCUGUGUGCUUCUCCAGAGCUUCAGUACAACUGUACCACAAUCCACAGUUAGCACUUCUGCAGGACAGACUUCUUCAGGAACAUCAUCCACAAACAGUCCUGCUGCAUCAACUCAAGGGAAUAUUAUAACCACUUCUGCAAGAGAGGAAACGUCAUCAUCCACAGACAGUCCUACAACUUCUGUCACAAUAGAAAAAACAUCAACUCAAGGCUCAGGGAAUACAACUACGCAGAAUGUGAUGAACGGUACUGUUCUGUCAUCCCCAGCCACUUCUGCAAGAGAGGAAACGUCAUCAUCCACAGACAGUCCUACAACUUCUGUCACAAUAGAAAAAACAUCAACUCAAGGCUCAGGGAAUACAAAUCUAAAUAUCAUCAAUCUCAGGGUUACUGACAGAAACACAUCAUCUGUGUCUCUAGCUUGGAAUUUACUACAAGCAAACUCCGAUACUGGCACACAGACUAAUGGAAUUGUGUCUACCAGUGCUACCACUACAGUCAAUAAUCUGACUGAUGGAGGGAACCACACCUCCACUGUUACUGCAGUUACUGCAGAUGGAUCAACUACAGGACUGCCUGUUCAGACCUCAGCAGUCACAAACUCUGAAAAAACCAAAUCUUUGCAACCUGGGUAUUAUAAAGUAGAGUGGACUAAUGAAACUGUGUCUACCACUGCUAACACUUCAAACAUGUCCUACACAGUCACUAGUCUGACUGCUGGAAUGAACUACACUUUCAUUGUCACUGCAGUUGCUGCAGAUGGAGUAACUGUAGGAGCACCAGCUCAGACCUCAGCAUUCACAAAGCCAGAUGUCGUCACUAAUCUCAAUGUCUCUAGUAGAAGCACAUCAUCUGUGUCUCUAACCUGGAAUCCACCACAAGGAAUGAACUCUUACACAGUAGAGUGGACUGAUGUAAAUGGUUCUAACAAAGUUAACGUUUCAAACACGACUUACACAGUCACUAAUCUGACUGCUGGAGGGAAGUAUACAUUCAUUGUCACUGCAGUUGCUGCAGAUGGAGUAACUGCAGGAGCACCAACUCAGAUCUCAGCAUUCACAAAUCCAGAUGUUGUCACCAAUCUCAACAUCUCUGACACAAGCACAUCAUCUGUAUCUCUAACCUGGGAUCCACCACAAGGAAAUAGUUCCUCUUAUAGAAUAAAAUGGGCUAAUGGCAGUGUUAACGUUUCAAACACAUCUUACACAGUCACUAGUCUGACUGCUGGUGUGAACUACACGUUCAGUGUCACCACAGUUGCUGCAGAUGGAAUAACUUCAGGAGCAUCAGUUCAGACCUCAGCAUUCACAAAGCCAGAUAUUGUCACCAAUCUUACCUCAAACUCAACCACAACAUCUGUUACUCUAACCUGGAAUUUACGACAAGGCGGAAGUUCCUUCUAUACAGUAGCAUGGACUAGUGAUGUGCUUCACAACGUAAACACGCCAGACACGUCUUACACAGUCACUGGUCUUACUGCUGGUGUGAACUACACGUUCACUGUAACUGCUGUUGCUGCAGAUAAUGUAACGGCAGGAUCACCAGUUCAGAUCUCAGCAUUCACAAAGCCAGGCACCGUCACCAAUCUCACUGUCUCUGAUAGAAGCACGUCAUCUGUGUCUUUAACCUGGAAUUUACCACAAGGAAAUAAUUCCUCCUAUACAGUAGAGUGGACUGAUGUAAAUGGUUCUAACAAAGUUAACGUUUCAAACACGACUUACACAGUCACUAAUCUGACUGCUGGAGGGAAGUACACAUUCAUUGUCACUGCAGUUGCUGCAGAUGGAGUAACUGCAGGAGCACCAACUCAGAUCUCAGCAUUCACAAAGCCAGAUAUUGUCACCAAUCUUACCUCAAACUCAACCACAACAUCUGUUACUCUAACCUGGAAUUUACGACAAGGUGGAAGUUCCUUCUAUACAGUAGCAUGGACUAGCGAUGUGCCUUACAACAGAAACACACCAGACACGUCUUACACAGUCACUGGUCUUACUGCUGGUGUGAACUACACGUUCACUGUAACUGCUGUUGCUGCAGAUAAUGUAACGGCAGGAUCACCAGUUCAGAUCUCAGCAUUCACAAAGCCAGGCGCCGUCACCAAUCUCACUGUCUCUGAUAGAAGCACGUCAUCUGUGUCUUUAACCUGGAAUUUACCACAAGGAAAUAGUUCCUCCUAUACAGUAGAGUGGACUGAUGUAAAUGGUUCUAACAAAGUUAACGUUUCAAACACGACUUACACAGUCACUAAUCUGACUGCUGGAGGGAAGUACACAUUCAUUGUCACUGCAGUUGCUGCAGAUGGAGUAACUGCAGGAGCACCAACUCAGAUCUCAGCAUUCACAAAACCAGAUGCUGUCACCAAUCUCACCAUAUCUGACAGUAACACAUCAUCCGUAUCUCUAACCUGGAAUUCACCACAAGGAAAUAGUUCCUUCUAUAGAGUUGGGUGGACUGAUGGCAAUAUGUAUAUCAAUGCUACCACUUCAAACACGUCUUACACAGUCACUAAUCUGACUCCUGGAGUUAACUACACGUUCAGUGUUACUGCAGUUGCUGGAGAUGGAGUAACUGCAGGGGCACUAGUUCAGACCUCAACAUUCACAAACCCAGAUGUUGUCUCCAACCUCAAUGUUUCUGACAAAAACACAUCAUCUGUGUUUCUAAUCUGGAUUCUGCAACAUGGGAACAGCUUCUUUUUCAGAGUAGAAUGGACUGGUGGCAGUGCUACCACUUCACUCACUUCUUACAUGGCCACGAAUUUGACUGCUGGAAUGAACUACACAUUCAGUGUCACUGCAGUUGCUGCAGAUGGAAAAACUACAGGAGCAACAACUCAAAUUUCAACAUUCACAAAACCAGAGGUUAUAAGGAAUCUGACUGUGACAGAAAUCACAACAACCUCAUUGUUUAUCAAUUGGACUGAACCAAUAGGACAGAGAUCUUUCUUUAAAGUGCAGUGGACCUGUGACAAUGAAACUUCCAAUGCAAACACCAGCCAAACUUUCUUUAAUAUCACUAAUCUCAUUGCUGGAGUAAAUUACUACAUCAUAGUCUCUGCUGUAGCUGCAGAUAAUUCAUCUGAAGGGAAUUUAAUUAGCCUUUUAUCCUAUACAAAACCGGACAUCGCUCAGAAUCUCACUGUCGUUAAUGUAACAACCUCAUCGGUAUUACUGAACUGGAUUAAGCCAGUCGGGGAAAGUUCCUAUUACAGAGUCCAGUAUGACAAUUUUAAUAAGAUUCUGAAUCAGACUACUCAAAAUACCACGAUCAACAUCACUGAUCUGACUCCUGGAGUGCAGUAUAUGUUUAGAGUUUAUGCAGUCGCUGCAGAUAACAGCACAGAGGGGAAUUAUGGAUACAUUUCAACUUACACAAAACCGGACAUCGUUCAAAAUCUCACUGUCGUUAAUGUUACAACCUCAUCGGUAUUACUGAACUGGUUUAAGCCGGUGGGGGAAAGUUCCUAUUACAGAGUCCAAUAUGACAAUUUCAAUAAGACUCUGAAUCAGACUACUCAAAAUACCACCAUCAACAUCACUGAUCUGAUUCCUGGAGCGCAGUAUAUGUUCAGAGUUUUUGCAGUCGCUGCAGAUAACAGCACAGAGGGGAAUUAUGGAUACAUUUCAACUUACACAAAACCAGAGGUUAUAAGGACUCUGACUGUGACAGAAAUCACAACAACCUCAUUGUUUAUCAAUUGGACUGAACCAAUAGGACAGAGAUCUUUCUUUAAAGUGCAGUGGACCUGUGACAAUGAAACUUCCAAUGCAAACACCAGCCAAACUUUCUUUAAUAUCACUAAUUUAAUGGCUGGAGUAAAUUAUAAUCUCAGUGUAUCGGCUGUGGCUAGAGACAAUUCAACUGAAGGCAAAUCAUUUGGUCUUUUUUCAGUGUAUACAAAACCUGACAUUGUUCAAAAUCUCCCUGUCGUUAACGUUACAACCUCAUCGGUAUUACUGAACUGGUUUAAGCCGGUGGGGAAAAGUUCCUAUUACAGAAUCCAAUAUGACAAUUUCAAUAAGACUCUGAAUCAGACUACUCAAAAUACCACGAUCAACAUCACUGAUCUGAUUCCUGGAGCGCAGUAUAUGUUCAGAGUUUUUGCAGUCGCUGCAGAUAACAGCACAGAGGGGAAUUAUGGAUACAUUUCAACUUACACAAAACCAGAGGUUAUAAGGACUCUGACUGUGACAGAAAUCACAACAACCUCAUUGUUUAUCAAUUGGACUGAACCAAUAGGACAGAGAUCUUUCUUUAAAGUGCAGUGGACCUGUGACAAUGAAACUUCCAAUGCAAACACCAGCCAAACUUUCUUUAAUAUCACUAAUUUAAUGGCUGGAGUAAAUUAUAAUCUCAGUGUAUCGGCUGUUGCUAGAGACAAUUCAACUGAAGGCAAAUCAUUUGGUCUUUUUUCAGUGUAUACAAAACCUGACAUUGUUCAAAAUCUCACUGUCGUUAAUGUUACAACCUCAUCGGUAUUACUGAACUGGAUUAAGCCAGUGGGGAAAAAUUCCUAUUACAGAAUCCAAUAUGACAAUUUCAAUAAGACUCUGAAUCAGACUACUCAAAAUACCACGAUCAACAUCACUGAUCUGAUUCCUGGAGUGCAGUAUAUGUUCAGAGUUUUUGCAGUCGCUGCAGAUAACAGCACAGAGGGGAGUUAUGGAAACAUUUCAAUUUACACAAAACCGGACAUCGUUCAGAAUCUCACUGUCAUUGGUGUAACAACCUCAUCGGUAUUACUGAAAUGGAUUAAUCCAGUGGGAGAAAGUUCCUAUUACAGAGUCCAGUAUGACAAUUUCAAUAAGACUCUGAAUCAGACUACUCAAAAUACCACGAUCAACAUCACUGAUCUGAUUCCUGGAGUGCAGUAUAUGUUCAGAGUUUUUGCAGUCGCUGCUGAUAACAGCACAGAGGGGAAUUAUGGAUACAUUUCAACUUACACGAAACCAGAGGUUAUAAGGACUCUGACUGUGACAGAAAUCACAACAACCUCAUUGUUUAUCAAUUGGACUGAACCAAUAGGACAGAGAUCUUUCUUUAAAGUGCAGUGGACCUGUGACAAUGAAACUUCCAAUGCAAACACCAGCCAAACUUUCUUUAAUAUCACUAAUCUCAUUGCUGGAGUAAAUUAUAAUCUCAGUGUAUCGGCUGUUGCUAGAGACAAUUCAACUGAAGGCAAAUCGUUUGGUCUUUUUUCAGUGUAUACAAAACCUGACAUUGUUCAAAAUCUCACUGUCGUUAAUGUUACAACCUCAUCGGUAUUACUGAACUGGAUUAAGCCAGUGGGGAAAAAUUCCUAUUACAGAAUCCAAUAUGACAAUUUCAAUAAGACUCUGAAUCAGACUACUCAAAAUACCACGAUCAACAUCACUGAUCUGAUUCCUGGAGUGCAGUAUAUGUUCAGAGUUUUUGCAGUCGCUGCAGAUAACAGCACAGAGGGGAGUUAUGGAAACAUUUCAACCUACACAAAACCGGACAUCAUUCAGAAUCUCACUGUCAUUGGUGUAACAACCUCUUCGGUAUUACUGAACUGGUUUAAGCCGGUGGGGGAAAGUUCCUGUUACAGAGUCCAGUAUGACAAUUUCAAUAUGACUCUGAAUCAGACUACUCAAAAUACCACGAUCAACAUCACUGAUCUGAUUCCUGGAGUGCAGUAUAUGUUCAGAGUUUUUGCAGUCGCUGCAGAUAACAGCACAGAGGGGAAUUAUGGAAACAUUUCAACUUACACAAAACCGGACAUCGUUCAGAAACUCACUGUCGUUAAUGUUACAACCUCAUCGAUAUUACUGAACUGGUUUAAGCCGGUGGGGGAAAGUUCCUAUUACAGAGUCCAAUAUGACAGUUUGACUAAGACUCUGAAUCGGACUACUCAAAAUACCAUGAUCAACAUCACUGAUCUGAUUCCUGGAGUGCAGUAUAUGUUUAGAGUUUAUGCAGUUGCUGCAGAUAACAGCACAGAGGGGAGUUAUGGAAACAUUUCAUCUUACACAAAACCGGACAUCGUUCAGAAUCUCACUGUCAUUGGUGUAACAACCUCUUCGGUAUUACUGAACUGGAUUAAGCCAGUGGGAGAAAGUUCCUAUUACAGAGUCCAACAUGACAAUUUCAAUAUGACUCUGAAUCAGACUACUCAAAAUACCACGAUCAAAAUCACUGAUCUGAUUCCUGGAGCGCAGUAUAUGUUCAGAGUUUUUGCAGUCGCUGCUGAUAACAGCACAGAGGGGAAUUAUGGAAACAUUUCAACUUACACGAAACCAGAGGUUAUAAGGAAUCUGACUGUGCCAGAAAUUACAGCAACCUCUUUGUUUAUGAACUGGACUGAACCAAUAGGACAGAGAUCUUUCUUUAAAGUACAGUGGACCUAUGACAAUGAAACUUCCAAUGCAACCACCAGCCAAACUUUCUUUAAUAUCACUAAUCUCAUUCCUGGAGGAUAUUACUACAUCAGAGUAUCUGCUGUAGCUGCAGAUAAUAAAACUGAAGGCGAAGUGGUCACUCGUUCACCAUACACAAGACCAGAAAUCAUCAGAAAUCUCAACGCCUUCCAAAUCUCAACAAGAAAUGUAUCUCUGAACUGGACUGCACCAACAGGAAAGAGUGCUUUCUUUAGAGUGCUAGGGCUGAAUGAGAGUGUAAUCUUCAAUAAAACAACUAAAGUAACAUCCUUUGACAUCACCGAUCUCACUCCUGGAUUAAAUUUCACAUUUCAUGUCUCUGCUAUUGCUGCUGAUAAUUUUACGGAAGGAGGCGUAGCUAGUCUUUCCGUAUGUACAGAUGCAAGCCCGGUUCUUACCUACAGCUGUGAAGGACCAAAUCAUACAGAUGCUUCGCUGAACAUUACAUGGAUGAAACCCCCCGGCUUCUGCCACGGAUUCAACCUUAGUGGCACCUAUAUCAGCCAAAACACCUGCAAUCGUGACUGUCAUCACAUCAUCUCUAAUCUUCAAUAUGGCAUGCCUUACAAUGUGACUAUUACAACCCUUGCAUGUGGUCAGAGUGGCAUACAGAAUUUUGUGUGCACAACAGGAUUUACAGAUCCACCAGUUCCAACCAAACCAGCAGACUUGAUUUUCAGCCCGGGUUCAAAUCAGAAAAGAACAGUCGUUCAAUUCAGUGGCAGUCUUCUGAAUGGCAGUAAAGGAGAGAUUACAGCCUAUGGUGUUCUACUGUCAACUGAUUUCGACAGUAACCCCAACAGAACAGACCUGAAAAAUACCUAUACUGAUUGGACACAAAAGAAGAGCAAGAGCUAUCUCACAGUUUUGAAACUCAAUGAAAAAAGCAUGGACAGGACUGAAAUGAUUCAGAUCGAAAUCGGAACUGAUGAAACCAUCCAAGGAACGAAUUACACAAAUGCACCUCUGGAGCCUAACCGGUACAGGGUGGCAGUUGUUCUCUUCACGUACUUGCACAUCAGCGACGGGAUUGUAGACACCUCCCUGUCUUUUGUCUCUAUAACACCAUUUGCCACUGCCACCAUAGAUAUACCUAACCCUUUGAACAUUGUUGGCAUUGUUUUGGGGGUUCUGUUCUUCAUCAUCAUCAUCCUCAUUAUCGUCAUCAUUGUCUUCAUCAAACUGAAGAGACAAAGAAAGAAGAACGAUACAGGCAUUCCUAUCACCACCAUAAGAACUAAAAUUAGCAUUCCCGUGAAAGUCGUGGAUUACGAGGUUUAUUUCAAGAAGCAGCAAGCGGAUUCCAAUUGUGGCUUUGCUGAAGAGUACGAGGACCUGAAGGUAGUUGGAACUGCUCAGAACAAAAGUAGUGCCCUUGCUUUGGAAAACAAGGGGAAGAAUCGCUACAACAAUGUGCUACCUUAUGAUUCCUCAAGAGUCAAAUUAUCAACACAUGGCAGCCCCUUUGAUGACUACAUCAAUGCAAACUACAUUGCAGGUUACAACUCGAAGAAGGAGUACAUAGCAGCUCAGGGCCCACUGCCUGCUACUGUCAACGAGUUCUGGAGGAUGAUCUGGGAAAAGCAUGUCCAAACCAUAGUGAUGCUGACCAAAUGCAACGAGCAAGGACGUGUUAAAUGUGAGAAAUACUGGCCAUCUGGAACCAAGACGUACAGUAAUAUUACAGUGACAAACAUUUCAGAGAUUGCCCUGGAGGACUGGACCAUAUCAGACUUCACCAUCAGGAAUGUGAAGACGGCGGAGUCUCGCGAAGUCCGUCACUUCCACUUCACGGCCUGGCCUGAUCACGGGGUGCCAGAGACAACAGAGGUGCUCAUUAACUUCAGACACCUGGUGAGAGAGCACAUGGACCAGUAUUCUCGCCAUUCUCCAUCUGUGGUGCACUGCAGCGCUGGAGUGGGCAGGACCGGGACUUUUAUUGCCCUUGAUCACCUAAUCUUCCAGAUUGAGAGGGAAAGCAUGGUGGACAUUUUUGGAAUCGUCUAUGACAUGCGCAUGCACAGACCACUAAUGGUGCAGACGGAGGACCAAUAUGUCUUCCUGAACCAGUGUGCUGUAGACAUCAUCAAAUCGAGGAUGGGAACCAAUGUGGACCUAAUUUACCAAAAUGCAGCAGCAUUCAAUGUCUAUGGGAACGUGGACCAACGAUGGCAUUAGUUGAAGGUGGACUCGAGGUGACAUUCACCUUAGGAUCAAAUCUUGAGGGAAAUAUAGGUUUUAGAAAAAGCUUGAAGAGCCAUUUCAUUACUUAGCUGAAUGUCAAAGGUGUGACUGUUUCACUGACAUAAAGAAAUAUAUUCAUAUUUCAUAUAAUAGAAUGCUGUAAGGGCCUAUCUUACAUAUUUCUAUUUACAGCAGAAGAUGUGCUUCUGAUAUGCUUUUCACAUAUGAGAGGCAUCAUCUCAGACUAUAAAACAAUGAUGAGGAGCAUUUCGAAACUGAAAUUUUCUUAGACAAUACUGUAUAUAAAAUUCUGAAUUAAGAAUAUAUGAAGAGAUGGAAACAUUUAUAUAGUUAAUUCACCUGCUGUAAAACCUGCAUAUAUCUAUAAUAAUUAGGAAUGUAAUAAUUAGACCUUUUUUUAUUUCAGAACUUGAACAUGUUUUUAAUUUACUUGUAUGUGUAAAAAUACUGUACAUUUGAAAGUUUUAUUUUUUAUUAUUUUUUCUUAAGAAUUUAGCUUUUUGCUUUUUAAACACACUGGACAUUAUAGUAAGUAUCUUAAAUUAGAAAGUGUAUGUUAUGCAUUCUUGUUGCUUUUGCUAUUUGUUCCCUGUAACAUUGCAGGUAAAUCUGUGUUCUGUCGCAGGAGAUUAUGCAGUAAAUUAUGACUUCUUUGUUAUUAUAAAUGUGAAGUGAGACAGAGAGCAGCAGUGGAUUUAUCAUUUAAAGGGCAGAUAUAGACGUUAUGGAAGUAAGGACCUGCAGAUAAUUUCAUCUGACAGCAUUUCAGAAGGGUGCUGUAUGUUCUAUGAAUAAGACUCAGGACAGUCAAGCUUUUUUUUGCUAGCUUUCUGGUGAAAAAGGUAUUACACUUUAUCUCAAGUUGGAACAUCCAGACAUAAUUACUUUGUUCACGUGCACACAAAGUCGGCUCAAUGUGAAAUGUGCCCUUCUAGGAAUACCUACAGUCAGAAUUAUUCACAACAAUGUUGAUAAUAACAAAACGUCCAAAGCAUUUUAAUGCCUCUAAUAGCUACCUCAAAGAAAACUAUUACAUAAAAUGGUUAAGCAUAUACUGCCUGAUGUCUGAGGUAUCUCUUUAAAAUAGUUUUGAGAUAAGCGUUUGGCCUAAAAUCCAUUCACGCCAAAAGAGUUACAUGCAAAAUGGUAUCUAAAAAAUUCCAGAUUUACCUCUAUUUUGUCAUUAUCAACAUUACAUAUAAAACUACAUAGAUGACACUUGCAGCUUCACUGGUCAUUUUGGAUAAUAAAUAAAUGUCUAUAUUUGAGUUGUAUACAUCACAACUUCAGUUCUAGUUCCAGCACCACUGUUUCAUUAAUACAACAUUUCAAACCUGAAUGACUUUUCAAACCAUCAAAUGUAUCUGGAAUCAGUCCCAGAACACCUGCUAAACCAUUAGAUCCUUUAUACUGUAAUAUUAACCCAUCAGAUACACAAAAUACUGUUACUGACUACUGUACACCACCAGAAACCAGUAGACACUUUUUAGGGUUUCCAUUAUUUUUACAUCUAAACAACUGAAUUAUUGAGAUAUUGGGAAUAAAGGUGGAAUUCCUCUUUAAGUGUAUCUUCUGAUAGACACUGAAUUAUAUGAAGCACAAUCUGAGUCAGUUUUCCAUAAUUGUCACAGCACGAAGAUUAUGAAAUGGUAAGUACACUUCCGAUGCUUUGGGGAACUCUGUCAUUAGUAUAUCUGUGUAGGUUCAUGACACAUACUGUAGAUUUGUAUAGUUUUUUUUUUAACUAUGAUUUAAAUGUACGUUUUGUUCUGUCACAGAUGAGUUUAUCUUGCAUAUGGGCACAGAAACAAAAUGCCACCUAGAAUGUCUUCUGUACAGACCUCACAUGCAUUUUAGCUUUACAAUCACUGGGUGGCGCCAUUCACUCUUGGUCAGUUGAUUGAGCUGAACUGUAAAUGAUGCAUUUUGCUGUAGCAUUUCAAGAGGUUGAGCCUCAAACUGUAGUGAUGUACAAAGUAGAGUAAAUCAGGAUCUAAGAGCAUAUAAUAGUUUGUUCUUUCUCUGUUAAAGAGAUCAAAUAUCCAGUUAAACAGGAAUUGUAAUAAAAGGUACUGGAAGUAAAUAAGGCACUAAAUAUUUAUAUUUUAUAAGAUAUGCUUAUGCAAUUUUUAUGCCAAUGCAUAUUUCUUUCCUAAAGCACUGCUAACAGGCGCACAUUGGCUGCCUAUCAUGUUAAUGCUGUCUGUACUAUCAUGUGAUUUGGACAGGCUUGUGCAAUAUUUUGUUAUUAAAUUAACAUAUAAACCAUUAAAUGAAGCUUUGUUAAGACAAAUGUUUAUGCCGGUUAUAUAUGUUGAACUUUAACUGUUCAUUUAUUGUUUUCUACUGGAUUUUAAAUCCCAAUAGGCUGUUUUAUUGAACUGUUGAAAUUCGAAUGGCUUCAUUCCAAAAUGCUGUAUAUUCAUUUGUAACAAUUUUAAUGUAUAGGGACUUUUUGAAACAAAUAACAACUGAUGUUAAUAGAAAAUACGUUUUAAUUUCUUUAAUAAAGAUGAUAUUAAUCAUAAUAUAACAUUGAUAUUUCUUGUAUGUGUAAAGCCAAAUAACGAUAAUGUAUAUCAUGAAAAAAAUGUAAAAAUGGUCUUUAAUUAAUAUGUUUUGCAACGAAACCCUUCAUAUACUUUCCCCCACAGCAAUAUGAAGAGGGUGGAAACAUUGUUUUUAGUAAUUUUAGAGGACAAUCUGCAUUACAAUUUGGAGCAAUAUGAUUUUUUAUUCACAUAGCACAUAACACUUUGCAUAAUGAUUAUUUUUGUUUUAUUAAUAUUACUAUUAUUUUUAUUUGUCUGAACCUACCUUACAUUAUCUUGAAAAUAAUUGUAAUGGUAAUAAAUGUGUGAGAUCUGCAGGAAUAGGAAACAGUAAACAAAGCUCUUUUUAAAGGCUGAUUGUGAUAUCUGUAAUGAAAACUGGCAAUAAAUUUGAGUGUAUUUUGCAAUACCAAUCAGAUAAUGUGAAGGAUUAUUUUUGCCAAUGAUUUUUAGUACGGUCUGAAGGCUCUCUUUCAAGUCAAAAAUGUAAGAGCAUGAGUGCAAGUACUGUUUACUCUUAUGUUGGGUAGUUUGAGUUGGUU